AUGCAGUCCAUCAGAGACUUGAAGCCCAACUUCAGCGGCCCUCCUCCCUCCUCCAUGGCUGCUGGACCUGAUGCUUAUCUCCAGGGCAACAUCAGGCUGACUCUGGAGGACCCUGAACUCUGGAAGACCUUUCAUGAAAUAGGAACAGAGAUGAUUAUCACGAAACCGGGCAGGAGGAUGUUUCCACACUGUAAGAUUAAUCUGUCCGGCCUGAUUCCAUGUGCCAAGUACAUUUUACUGGUUGAUAUGGUCCCUGAGGACGGCUUCAGGUAUAAGUGGAAUAAAGAGAAAUGGGAGGUGGCAGGGAAAGCGGAGCCACAGCCUCCCUGCAGGACCUACCUCCACCCCGACUCUCCGGCCCCGGGGAGCCACUGGAUGAAGCAGUCCGUCUCUUUCCUCAAGCUCAAGCUCACCAACAAUACACUGGACCAGCACGGCCAUAUUAUUUUGCACUCCAUGCAUCGCUACCACCCACGCUUUCACAUCGUCCAGGCAGACGACCUGUUCAGUGUCCGCUGGAGUGUUUUCCAGACCUUCACCUUCCCUGAGACUUCCUUCACCGCUGUCACAGCGUACCAGAACACCAAGAUUACAAAGCUGAAGAUCGAUCACAACCCAUUUGCCAAAGGUUUCCGGGAUGAGGGCACCAAUAAAAAAAGGCGUUCAAACAAGAACCCAGCCUGCCUGGAGAAACGAGCCAAGAUGUCCGAGAUUAUGAACCGAGACUUAGAGGACAGUCCACCAGGAUCAGAUUUCUGCCGCUCAUCGUAUGACGGUUAUGACGGAGAGGAAGGAGACCUGCCCAAAAGAAAAGACGACGAAGGCGUCAAAGAGGAGCGUUACUCCCCGUGGGCUGCUGAGAGGGAGCACAGUGUGAGGACUGAGUCUCCCGCUGGGACGGACCCCAGGGACAUGUACAACACAGAGCAGCUUGUCCCUGCUCCAGCCUCCUACCAGCCCUACAGGUUCCACGAGUAUGGAAAGUCUCCGUCUCCGUCCUCCAGCGUGGGCAGCAGUAACAGCAGCUCAGGACGCAGCAGCUUUGAGUCCAGAGUCCCUGAUGUUGCCACCGUUCCCGAUCAGGACUCUUCAAAGCCCCGUACACACGAGGUUGGCCCUUGUGGGCCCCAGCACCUCCCCGGCCCCCAGGACUACCCGGGGGUCCUGAACAUGACCAUGGCCCAGGCCGGGAAGCCGGGGGUCAUUGGCCACCACAUCUACAGCCCCUACAGCGCCGAGCAGCCCCUGGGCCAGUGGAGCAGCCCCGGCGCCGCCCAGUACCCCCCUCACCACCUGACAGCCGACUACACCACGCAGGCUGUGCACCAUGGCUAUCACCAUGGCAACGUGGCUGAGUGGAGCCAGUACCCGCUGUUCUCGUACUCCUGCUGGUGA